AUGAUAUCGCAUGUUGUGGAAUACAGUUGUCAAUACUCAGAUCAGAUCAGAAAGAAACAUAAAAUAUGGCAUGAUGGUAAAUUAAAAUAUUACGAAGCCAAUAGUCGAUUCAUGUUGUACCCUGAGGAGAGCAAUGUUCUCAUUUCAAGUAGUUUUAUAACAAAUUCUAGAGAUGUGUCUACAAUACUGGACUCUGAAGGAUUCAAUACUGUUGAACAUAAAAUCUUCAGCAGGGCGGUAGUUAUCAUCACAGAAAUGUUAUGUGAAUAUGAUAGAGAAGUUCAAAUUCAAAAGGCCAAAGAAUCACCAAUAUUACAUAUGCGAAGAAAGGAUUGUUCUAUUGAAAUGGCACCUGAUAAAUAUGAAUCACACAAUAAGGUUCCAGCGCAACAGAAUAAACAAAAAAGCACAAGGCGUGUCUUAAUUAGGAAUGAUGAGAUACGAACUAAUGAAACAGGAAAUGUGUCGCUGGCGUUGAAGUUUAAUAGGCCUUUCAAACCUCCUUCUAUAAAAAAAUCGCAUCAGUCAUCAGAGAAAGAUGGAUAUCGUCCUGCCAUACGCAACGCUAAAAUAACCUGGCAGAAAGCGGAUAGAAUGGAGAAUAAGGAACAGUUAAUAACUAGUAAUAAACAUACUGAGAAAAUAGAAGUGCCUGGAAUCUCAAAAGAACGCACUGCUAAUAAACACACAGAAAUAGAAAAGAAUGAAAUGACAUCGAUGAAAAAAGGGUCUCAUGAUAGAAUCACUGGUAACUCAAAAAGAAAAAAAAUCAGUCAUAUUCCAAUAGUAAUAUGA